AUGCACAUAAUCAGCCGAUCACAUAUCUAUACACGGGGUGCCCUUUUGGGUGUAACUCUAUUCAUUAUUCUAUUCGGCUUUUAUGGCAUUCCGGAACGCGGGAGUUACCAAGAAGGAGAGAAAAUGAGAGAAGAAAGAGAAACAGUACAACAACUGAAGUUACCUGAUCAAUUGGGAGCGUCGAAUGGGAUCAAUCGCACUGUCAACUCUCGACUGAAGAUUUUGGAGAUUGAGAAGAAGUAUUGUUACAAGAGAAACAAUUGCACUUUGCUACAACCAUUGCUUGAUUACAGUGGACGACAUUUGAUUGCGCCGGAUUUCGGGAUUGCUGCAUGCGCCAUUUUGAAAAAUUUCUCUACAGUUCUCACUUCGAUCAUGUGUUAUCUCUUCAAUAUUCAGAGUUAUGAGACAAGUGUCAAGGAUAUGAUGAAUGAUACGUGGAACUAUCGCCACUGUGGGCGACAAAACGAAUUCUUUGGGAUGACCGGUGCUCGAACGGUGGAAAUGAAGAAAAUGCAGAGUCAAUUGAGUCUCUGGAGAUAUUAUGUGAUCACAAGGGAUCCCAUGGAAAGAUUCAUUUCUGGAUUCUUGGACAAAUGCAUACAAGAAAGGCUCAAUAAUCCGGCUCAGUUCGCUGGUCGAACUCCGUGCUAUGGUUGUGGGGAUAAUCUGAAAUGUUUCCUCGAGACACAAUAUAAAAAAUAUGAGCCAGCAAUUCGAGGAAUGAAACCAGGAUACGGGAUGGAAAGUGAACAUUUCGCACCACAAAAUUGGUAUUGCCAAUUGCGAACUCACUAUGCUGAAUACCAAUUCUAUCACUAUUCUCGUCCGACCACCGCUCAACUAUUGGAUCAAUUGACAACAGAAUUUGAAUUGCUUGGCGUGCCAAAGACUGUAACAAAGAGACUAAAAGAACAGAUCAUUGGCCGUCGCACAUAUCACACAACUUAUGACUCGAGUCUUCGCGAGAAAUAUCUCAAUCAACUCAAAAAUGACCCAUUACUGAUGGAGAUUUUUAUGAAGAUCUAUUUCUAUGAUUAUACAAAGGAUAGAAAUAAAGUGCAAUUUUUUUUUGAAGUGCAACGAGAAGAGGACCAACGAGCUCUACAGAUGACGACUUGUGGUACCGCUCGGUUGAAACCCUUGCCUUCGGGUAAUUCUUACCCCUCCGGGGAUCUCUCACUCCUUUUCUUCAGAAGUUCUCCAACUCUUCGAAGAGACUUCACUUUUCACGUCAACGCCUGCAAGAAAGCCCGCCAUCAGCCGCCACCAGAAGUCGUCCCCGAAUCAGAAGAGGAAGAAGCAGCCAUUAUCACCGUCAAAGAGCCGCCACCGCAAGAAGAGGUCGUCUUCGAAGAGCCGCCACCAACGCAACAAGAAGAAGAAAUGGUCGCCGUCGUCGCUGAGAUCGCCGAGGUCGCCGUU